CAACUUAUUCGUCGAUCGGUUCACAUGACAACCGCGAGGUACUGAUAGCAGUGACAGAGGCUUGACUUCGUCUCCUAGCGAUUCAGUCGUUCAGGUGUUAUCAUCAGCUACGGAUCGUGCCUCCUCGUACAGUUGAUCGAAACCAUACAAAAAAUGUCGUCGAUCGUGCGUAAAGUGAUUACUUCUAAGAAGUGCCCGAAAGCUGUAGCAGCAUACAGUCAAGCCAUCGUUGCUGACCGCACGGUUUACUGUUCCGGUAUGCUCGGACUGGAAGUGGACUCACUUAAGCUAGUCCCGGGAGGUGCUGCCCCGCAGGCGGCGAAAGCGCUGGAACACUUGGCCACCUUGCUGGCUGAGGCAGGCUCUGGCAUUGAUAAGGUUGUCAAAACGACCAUCCUGCUGAACGAUAUGAACGAUUAUGCCGCUGUGAACGAGGAGUACAAGAAAGUGUUCAGUAGCAACUUUCCGGCUCGGACGUGCUACGGUGGCGUGAAGCUCCCGCUCGGAGCGGCCGUGGAGAUUGAGGUGGUCGCAUUGACCGGUGCUGUGGUGAACAUUUCCGAAUGACUAGAUUCGAAAAUGUAACAGAUACUGCCCGGGUGUUGAGGCCAGCCGAAAAUAUGGAUCUGACUUUCGGAAAGUAAUGGUUGCGGUUACCGAAAUCGGGUAAUUGCUUGUGAAAAGCUAAACAUUCCUGCGACGUAUUCGCUACGAAAUAACUAACGCCAACCGCGAUUGAUUGAUAACAGUUUGUGCCUACUGAUAAAAACAAAAUAAAUGAAUAAUUUUUCAAAGUA